GAUAACGGUCGGUAUUCUUCUCACUCGAGUUGUGAUAUGUGUGAUAAGGACCUACGGUUAUAAGGAAUCGUUUCUAUUCAUCAAACCUUUCUGCUCAAAUCUCCAUCUUCCUGCGUUUUACUUACAAAUUCAUCGGUUGUGUAAAGUGAAGAAGGCGUUAGAAAUGGAAACUUCCGGUCAAGUGAUAAAAUGUCGAGCAGCUGUUGCGUGGAACCCUAAAGAACCUCUUUCGAUCGAAGAAAUCGAAGUUGCACCUCCUAAAGCUGGAGAAGUUCGUAUUAAGAUCGAAUCCACAGCUAUUUGCCAUACCGAUGCUUACACGUUGGGAGGAUUUGAUAGCGAAGGAGCUUUUCCUUGUGUUUUGGGUCACGAAGGCGCCGGAAUAGUCGAAAGUGUCGGUGAAUCUGUUACCGAGUUCAAAGCAGGUGAUCGUGUUAUACCGUUAUACAUUCCUCAAUGUAACGACUGUAAAUUUUGUGCUUCGUCGAAAACCAAUCUCUGUAGUAAAAUCCGAGUUACCCAGGGUCGCGGUGUUAUGCCCGAUGGAACGACUAGAUUUAAGUGUAAAGGUCAAGAAUUAUUUCAUUUCAUGGGCUGUUCUACAUUCAGCGAGUACACCGUUGUAUCAGAGAUAUCUUUGUGUAAAAUAAAUCCUAAAGCUUCGUUUAGUCGAGCGUGUCUUUUAGGCUGUGGUGUUUCGACCGGUUAUGGAGCUGCUUUAAAUACAGCUAAAGUAGAAGCCGGAUCGAAAUGUGCUGUGUUUGGAUUGGGUGCUGUAGGUUUGUCGACUGCGUUAGGAUGUAAAGCUGCCGGAGCUAAGCAGAUCAUCGGUAUUGAUAUUAAUGAGAAGAAGUUCGAAAUAGGAAGUAAGUUCGGUUUCACUGAUUACAUCAAUCCGAAGAACUACAAGAAACCGAUUCAAGAUGUAUUGAUAGAAAUGACCGAUGGAGGAUUAGAUUACACUUUCGAAUGUAUUGGAAACGUAGAAACGAUGAGAGCAGCGUUGGAAGCUUGUCAUAAAGGUUGGGGAACCAGCGUCAUUAUCGGCGUAGCUGCUGCUGGUAAGGAAAUAUCCACUAGACCUUUUCAGUUGGUUACCGGUCGUGUUUGGAAAGGAUCUGCAUUUGGAGGUUGGAAGAGUAAAGAUAGCGUUCCGAAGCUAGUCGAAGAAUAUCUGAGUGAUAAAAUCAAACUAGAUGAUUUCGUUACUGCUGAAUUACCUUUAGAGAAGAUCAACGAAGGAUUUGAACUUCUUCAUGGAGGAGAAUGCAUACGAACUGUGAUCAAUUAUUAAACCCUUCGAAGUGAGAAGAAUGAAUUUAUAUCGAGUGAAUUUCAGAAUUUCUUCAUUCCGGUUUUAAAUUUUAUCAUUUUAUCGAUGUUUUUAUCUUUUCCGUGUCCACGCUAUCGUGAAAAUCAUAUCAAAUCGUUUUUAUUUUGAAAUGCAUAAUAUAAAUUUUUAUCGAAAUAA